GGCACGAAAAACCCUAACCAACGUUCUCUAACUUCUCGCGUAUCAGAGGUGUGUGCAACGAUUCUGUGCGCACCGUUUUCAAAUCUUGUAAUAUUAAGAAAAUCGGUUAAGUAUGGCGCUUAUCCGACCAGCAAACAAACCUAAAAUGGUUAAAAAGAGGACGAAAGUCUUCAUCAGGCAUCAAUCUGACCGUUACUCCAAGUUGAAGCGUAACUGGCGUAAACCCAAGGGUAUUGACAACAGGGUGCGUAGGCGUUUCAAGGGCCAAUACAAGAUGCCCAACAUUGGUUACGGUUCAGCCAAAUUCACCAAACACAUGUUGCCAAGUGGCUUCAGGAAAGUGCUUAUAAACAAUGUUAAGGAAUUGGAAGUAUUGAUGAUGCAAAACCGUAAAUUCUGUGGUGAAAUUGCUCAUGCUGUCUCAUCCAAGAAGCGCAAGGAAAUCGUCGAGAGGGCUCAGCAGCUGUCGAUCCGUAUCACCAACGGACACGCACGCCUCCGCAGCCAAGAAAACGAAUAAAUAUAACAUUUAUUUACU